UUCCGCGUUAAGCUGGUUGGAGCUGGAGGGGGGAAGCAGCACAGGACAGCAGAGCCCUGGGUAAUACUGUAUACAGGCAGAAGCAGUCAUACUUAGGGGACGGGGGGCUGGGGGAUCCUCUUCCGCGGCGGGUGUCGCCAGCGUGCGCCGGAUGGUAAUCGGGGCCGGAAAACUGAAAGUAAAUCUCGGCGAAAGAGUCUGGAGUUUUACCGUGGGGGAGUGAUGGGUGCGUUUCGGACCCGGGGACUGUGACAGCUCGGCCGGCGCGCUGACAUGUGACAUUACCGGAGGGGCAUCGGAGAGAGGCCAGCGUCUGUUUGCUCGCAGCUGGGACGCUCCCCCCCGCCACUGCACACACACCCCUAGCUCUGGGGUUUAAAAUGAAGAAGUUUAACAUCAGGAAGGUGCUGGACGGCCUGACAGCAGUGUCCUCUUCCUCAUCCACCUCCUCCUCGUCUGCCCAGCCUGGAUGCAAGGAAAGUGAACUGAUCCCGGAGACGCUCCAGUCGGAACAUUUUCAGCUCUGCAAGACUGUCCGACAUGGAUUCCCUUAUCAACCCUCCUCCCUGGCAUUUGAUCCUGUGCAGAAAAUAUUGGCUAUCGGGACACAGACUGGAGCGUUGCGGCUCUUCGGACGGCCAGGUGUGGAGUGUUACUGCCAGCAUGAGAGCGGAGCCGCUGUCAUCCAGCUCCAGUUCCUCAUCAAUGAGGGAGCACUGGUUAGUGCCCUGACAGAUGACAGCAUCCACCUCUGGAACCUGAGACAAAAACGACCCGCGAUUCUUCACUCUCUCAAGUUCAGCAGGGAGCGGAUCACGUUCUGCCACCUGCCCUUCCAGAGCAAAUGGCUGUAUGUGGGCACGGAAAGAGGAAACAUCCACCUGGUCAACGUCGAGUCCUUUACCCUCUCAGGCUAUGUUAUCAUGUGGAAUAAAGCCAUCGAGCUGUCGACCAAGACCCACCCAGGACCUGUUGUCCACAUAAGUGAAAACCCCAUGGAUGAAGGAAAGCUUACCAUUGGGUUUGAGUGUGGAAUAGUGGUCCUCUGGGAUUUGAAGUGCAAGAAAGCUGACUACCGAUACAAUUACGACGAGGCGAUCCACUCGGUGGCCUGGCACCACGAAGGGAAGCAGUUUAUCUGCAGCCACUCGGACGGCACGCUGACUGUGUGGAACGUGAGGUCGCCGGCCAAGCCUGUGCAGAUCAUCACCCCGCACGGAAAACAGGCCAAGGAUGGAAAAAAGCCAGAACCCUGCAAGCCCAUCCUGAAGGUGGAAUACAAAACAACCAAAGCUGGAGAUCCAUUCAUGAUCCUGUCGGGGGGUCUGUCUUACGACACGGUGGGCAGACGACCCUGCCUGACCGUGAUGCAUGGGAAGAGCACGGCCGUGCUGGAGAUGGACCACCCCGUGGUGGACUUCCUGACACUCUGCGAGACGCCGUACCCCAGCGAAGCCCAGGAGCCUUAUGCCGUGGUGGCCCUUCUGGAGAAGGAUUUGGUCGUCAUCGACCUGGCGCAGAAUGGAUACCCAAUAUUUGAGAACCCAUACCCUCUGACUAUACACGAGUCUCCGGUGACGUGCUGCGAAUACUUUGCUGACUGCCCUGCGGACCUCAUCCCCGCUCUCUACACCGUCGGCUCAAGGCAGAAACGGCAAGCCUACAGCAAGAAGGAGUGGCCUUUAAGCGGUGGGCAUUGUGGCCAAGGCACACAAAGCUACCAGGAGAUGAUAAUUACAGGGCAUGCAGAUGGAUCGGUUAAGUUUUGGGACGCUUCCAUGAUAAUGCUUCAAGUGCUCUACAAGCUGAAGACGGCCAAGGUGUUUGAGAAGUAUCGCAACAAGGAGGAUAAGCCGGGCAAAGACAUUGUGGACGAAGACCCCUUUGCCAUCCAGACCAUUUCCUGGUGCCUCGAGAGCCGGAUGCUCUGCGUGGCUGGAGUCUCCGCCCACAUCCUGAUUUACAGGUUCAGCCAACAGGAAGUGACAUCAGAGGUGCUGCAGCUCCUGGAGGUAAAGCUGCUAUACGAGCCGAAUGAAACAGAGUCUCCGGAAGCAGGGGGGGAGCCAGUAGCAGCCCUCCCCACUCCAAAUGUGACCUCCAGUUCCCCAGCUAACACGCCCGAUUCCCAGGCCUCGGCCAGCAGCAGCCCCUCUGACGCAGUCCGGGACAACGUGCCCUGUCUAAGGGUGCGAAGCUCUCUGCCCAAGCAGUCACCGGGAUACCAAGUGGAGCUGGUGGUGCAGCUGCUGUGGGUCAGCGGGGAGCCACCUCAACAGAUCACCAGCCUGGCCAUCAACUCCUCAUAUGGCCUAGUGGUUUUUGGAAAUAGCAGUGGACUUGCAGUUGUUGACUACUUCCAGAAGACCGUUCUGCUUAACAUGGGGAUGUUGCAGCUAUAUGGUUCAAGCGACCAGAGACAACUACGCUCUCCUCGGAAAACAAAACAGACAUCUCUCGGUCUCUGUGACAUCAGUGAGGGGUCGACUUCUUCCGAAGACCGGUGCAAGUCUCCCACCUCAGGCUGUGCCUUACCUUGCAAUUGUGACGAUGGCCACAAACAUCCUGACUUUAUAGAAAUGGUCUUUGGAAUGUUUUCAGUGAAAGCCAAAAGCAGAAAGUUUACCAGGAUGGUAGCCAUUGACAUUGCAAAGAUGUCACGGAAAUUAAACUUGCCUACUGAUCUGAAGCCAGACGUGGACACGAGGGACACCUCCUUCAGCCGAAGCUCCAGCGUCACGAGCAUCGACCGGGAGUCCAGGGAGGCCAUCACCCUCUUCCAUGUCAGCGAGACGUUCGCGCGCAAGUCCGACGGCGGCGCCACUCCCUGCCUGUGGGUCGGCACGUCCUUCGGCUCGGUGCUGCUCAUGGUGCUCAACGUGCCGCCUGCUGGUGAGCAGAGGCUACUGCAGCCUGUCACAGUCACGCCCACUGGCACGUUGUUGAGACUCAAGGGAGCCAUCCUGAGGAUGGCGUUCCUGGAUGCCACCGGCGCCCUCCUACCUGGGCCCUCGGAGCCUUGGCGCGAGCCCGACUGCGCCAACGACAAGGAGCGACCAAGGAAGCGGCGGACGGCAUCUCCGCCGGGCUCCCAGGAGGCCAGUGAGAUCCAGUUUGCCGUGAUCUGCUCGGACAAGCAGGCCAAGGUGAUCGCACUUCCCUCGCAGGCCGUGGCGUUCAAGCACAACAUCACGGAGACGUCCUUCGUGCUGCGCAGCGACGUCGUGCAGAUGAGCGGCGGCGUCUGCAUUGCCUGCUUCUGCGCCAAUGGCCACAUCAUGACCUUGAGCUUGCCCAGCCUGCGGCCGCUGUUAGACGUCAGUUACUUUCCGCUCACCGACAUGCGGAUAGCCAGGACCUUCUGCUUCUCGAACCACGGCCAGGCUCUAUUCCUGACCUCGCCCACGGAGAUCCAGAGAAUAACAUACAGCCAGGAGACUUGCGAGAACCUACAGGAGAUGCUGGGGGACUUGUUUACGCCUGUAGAGACGCCAGAGGCCCCAAACAGAGGAUUUUUCAAGGGCCUCUUUGGUGGGGGAGCACAGUCCCUGGACAGAGAAGAUCUCUUCGGGGAGGCCGCAGCCGGAAAGGCGGCGCGGAGCUUGGCACAGCACAUCCCCGGGCCGGGCGGCAUCGAGGGCAUGAAGGGUGCGGCCUCGGGCGUGGUCGGGGAGCUGGCCCGUGCCAGGAUAGCGCUGGACGAGAGGGGCCAGAAGCUGGGCGAGCUGGAGGAGCGCACGGCGGCCAUGAUGGCGAGCGCAGACUCCUUCUCCAAGCACGCGCAUGAGAUGAUGCUGAAGUACAAAGAUAAGAAGUGGUAUCAGCUGUGAUCGCUACAUCAGGAACGACCCCCUCCCCACCCCCCCCUCCUCCUGCAGGACAGCGGGGUUUUAGUCCUCAGCCCAGGUUUUCCUCAUUUCGUUGGAGGAGCAACACGAGAUCACAUUCAGAAUAAGUGAAAGACGGCACUGGGGGAUGUAUUUUUAGCAUCAUAAAAUUAUUUUUGUUAUAUUUCAUUUUGCCAAGUCGGGUAUUUUUUUUUUCUUUCUUUCUUGGCAUCUGGGUGGGUGGUGAUGGGAGGGGUUGCAGUGUUACCCUGGUAACUGCAGUGGGCCAGCUUGGUCAUUGUGAAGAUCCAGGUUGUGCUAGUUACUCACAUUCACAGCUGAAAUGUCCACCAGACUAGGCAGGGUUAGAGUCUCUUCUAAAUGAGUCCGUUUUAGCGGGAGGGGUAGCGAUCCUAUUUAAAAAUAAAAUUUCAAAAGGGUUGGUAAUUUCAAGGGAAUCCCUCGUAUCCAUCCAUGUUGGGCGAUGUUACUCAAUAUUUCCUGUUACGUGCGCCUCAGGUCACAGAUGGGCUCAAUUUUAACGAUAGUGAAAAUGAACCACUUCCCCAUUAUGCAAUUGUUGUGGAUUAAAUCUAUUUUUUUUUUCUUCUUAUAGAAAUAACUCCUAAGGGCUGUUAUAGCACAGAAUAUUUAUAAAUCUGUCCAGAUUAAAUUCAGGCUCAGUACACGAGGUAUUGGAAGUAACUACAAAAACAGCGUCACUUCUCCAGAGAACUGCUGAGUUUCAGUCGUUUUCCUGCAAAUAUGUGCUUAAAAAUUAAAAAAAACUAAUUUUCCUGAGUUUCUAGAGCAGCUACGGCGUGUUAUAGCCACACUAACGAGCUCUUACAGCCUGUUGGGUGUGUGGUGAGUAUGUAUAUAUCAAAACCAAUACGCCAAAAACGCACAUACAGAUUUGUCUUAUUUUUACAUGGAUAUUCUGAACUGGCAUUUCAGUAAGUUUUUAUUAUUAUUAUUAUUAUUAUUAUUAUUAUUUUGUCUAAGAACUUGAAAUUUAUAGGAUGCUGUUAACGGAAUUAUAGCCCUCCUUGCUUAAGAUGGAGUCGCUUCUUUUCUGCAGCGCCAGUUUCCUCACAAAAUUUUGAGAGUAUAUUACUAUACAGUUAAGAUGCUUGAGUUUGGUCGGCUAUGUGAGUGCUGAGGCUUUAGACGGUCACCUAGUUUUGUAUAUUAUUGUUGACCCACUUUUCUAUUUUUUUUCACAUUUUUAUUUUUAUUACUAUGGACAAAGUGCGACGGAGAAAAGGCUGACGCCGCAGUACUCGGUAGGCCUAUAAUUGUUUAACUGUAAAGUGUAUAAUAACUACGCUACUUCUGAUUUCUGUUAAUAUUUCAGGAAUCUUUAACUGAAAACUACAUAUCAACUUGAUUGUUUCUCAUGGUAGGCGCAUAUAUUAAAUAUAUACGGUAAUAAACGAUAUGCGUGUGUGUUAGUGUGUGUGCAUAUAUGCAUGGCUACGUAGCUUCAUUCAUGUUUUUCUUUGUACACAUACACUUAAAAUCAUGCUGAUAUUUAAUCCCUUAAUGGUGUUUUCAGUGCAAGUCUUACUACAAUUUUUCCUGCCUUUUUUAGUUUUUAUGAAGCGCGAGAAAAUGCUGCUAUUUGUGUAAUAUGUAUCAGCAUAAUAUUUUCAGAUUAAACUGCUUUUUUUUUUUUUUUUUUUUGGUUUCUGGUGAAGCUUUUGUUUCAUCGAGAAAUUGCUGCCAUUUUUUUUUUAAAUACUGUAAAUAGUGGGACAAUCUGAGACAAACCUGGAAGUGUCAGGUGCUCUAGGCGGCGCGGACGGGGACUCGGGAUCUCCUAACGUUACCACGCCACCCUAGAAAGCUGUAACGCGUCUCUCACGGUAAAGCCUGUUUGUCCAGGCAGACAGAUUGCUGAAGUGUCGCUGGCCGAAUUGCUCUGUACAUAUUGUUAACGAUCAUAACUGCCUGUAAAUUAAGUGAAGCAUUUAUUCCGUUCCGUUUUCUGGUGUGUUUGGUGUCUAUAAAAGCAAAUGCUUUCUUUAAAGUGGACCAAAAAUCAUUUUGAAUCGUUGUGGCUGAGGUUGUGAUCAACACACUUUCAGAUUUGUCUUUUCUGUCAGUUUAACGAUAUACUCAUAUAUUUGUAUAUUUCAAACAUUCUUUUAAUUUCACUAUAUUUGAUAAAUGGGAAAGUUUACUUAAUUUAACAGACCUGCUUUAAAAAUUCUUCUGUGCAAAGGGAUGUGUACUGUAUGUUCACCCUGUUCAAAAUUAAAACAAAAAAAAAUGUUUUGUGAUAAAAAAAUAUAUUUGUGGCUCUGAGGCACAACAUGGGGGCAGCCAUGACUAUGCCAAGUUUUGUUGUGUCUUCAAGGGCUUUAAGCGUCAACCAAGCCUCCGAUGCACUUUCUGUUUGCCGGUAUUAAUUUCCCUCUUUCUUGCACAACAGCGAGCGCCCAAAACUCAGUGUUCAUUAAACGUCAAUGUGGUCGUUUCUGUCUCAGCGUCUUUAACCUUAUUAAUAAAAAAAAAAUGUGGUUCCUACUCAAGCAUUCGGUAUACUACUCGUUUGCAGUGUUUUUCCUCAUGUGGCCAAUUUUUUGUUUAAUGCAGAUUUCAUAAUUAAUAAAGUUGUCACCCAAAACAGACCAGAUUAUGUAGAUCAACGGUGCAUUGGAAAAUAAAGAAGAAAUAUAUAAAA